CCUCCUGCCCCCCAGGAGACUCCCCUCCCUGCCUCCUUCCUUUUGACCAGAGGAGAAUGAGAUCCUCAAAACCACUGAAGGAGGAGUGAAUGUAAAUUGACCCAUUUUAGAGAGGGGGAACAGGCAUAGAGAGGCUUAUCCUCCUGUGUGGGACUUGGAAACCGAGGCACCAUUCCUGGGGGUGAAGUCUUUCGAACUAGUAGCUUAGGUCCAAGGGACAGAGGCGAAAUUCCGAGCCCGGUUUCUGUACACGUGAAUGAGCCACCCGUCAGCCGCCGCCACCCCCCGGUGCCCAGAGUGAGAAAGGAGGUGUUGCCUGCCUGCCACUGGCAUGCCCCGCCAGCCCUCAGCCUGAGCCCAGCAGUGCCUGCCCCUGCCCCUUGCCACCCUGCACUGCCCCGGCUCCCCCGCAGCCCCCACACUGCAGUGCGGCCAGGCCCCCUCCCCACAGGGGCCGCCCCCACCGCCCCCUCCUGGUGCCCGGGGCGGCCCGGCCCGCAGGGCCAUGAAGCUGCAGGCUGUGAUGGAGACGCUCCUGCAGCGGCAGCAGCGGGCACGCCAAGAACUGGAGGCCCGGCAGCCACCGCCGCCCUCUGAACCCCCAGCCCGUACCAGGGCCUCUCUGGAGGAGGACAGGGAGCCUGAGAGCGCCCGGAUGCAGCGGGCGCAGAUGGCCGCCCUGGCUGCCAUGCGGGCCGCUGCCGCCGGCCUUGGCCAUGCACCCAGUCCCAGCUCGGAGGAUGGGCCCCCCGGCUCGGAGGAUGAGGAUGCAGCCCUGGAGGGGGCACCGGGCUCGCCCACCCCACCCAGCCGAGGCAGGGAGGCAGCCAGCCUCCCCAUGGGCGAUGGCCGCUUUGAGGAUACAGGCUCCGACGAUGACCUGAAGCCAAAAUGGGAAGAGGAGGAGGAGGAGGAGGAGCUGGAGGAAGACCUGGGAGACGACGAAGAGGACGAGGAGGAUGAGGACUACGAGGACGAGGAGGGGCUUGGGCCCCCAGGCGCCGCCAGCCUGGGCCCCGCAGCGCUGUUCCCCCGCAAGGCUCAGCCGCUCCAGGCCUUCCGUGGCGACAGUGGAUCCCGGGCGCUGGGUGGCCAGGAGCGCCCGGGGACUGGCCCGGCUGUCCCUGGAGGGGCUGCCCAUACUGCACCUCAGCUGCAGCCACCAGACCACGGGGACUGGACAUAUGAGGAGCAGUUCAAGCAGCUCUACGAACUGGACGCAGACCCCAAGAGGAAGGAGUUCCUGGACGACUUGUUCAGUUUCAUGCAGAAGCGAGGGACACCUGUGAACCGCAUCCCCAUCAUGGCUAAGCAGGUGCUCGACCUGUUCAUGUUGUAUGUGCUGGUGACGGAGAAGGGUGGCUUGGUGGAGGUCAUCAACAAGAAGCUGUGGCGGGAGAUCACCAAGGGACUGAACCUGCCCACAUCUAUCACCAGCGCUGCCUUCACGCUGCGCACCCAGUAUAUGAAGUACCUGUACCCCUACGAGUGUGAGAAGCGUGGCCUCAGCAACCCCAACGAGCUCCAGGCAGCCAUCGACAGCAAUCGGAGGGAAGGCCGGCGCCAGAGCUUUGGGGGCUCCCUCUUUGCCUACUCGCCGGGCGGGGCCCACAGCAUGCUGUCCUCGCCCAAGCUGCCUGUGUCCUCCCUGGGCCUGGCCGCCAGCACCAAUGGCAGCUCCAUCGCCCCAGCCCCCAAGAUCAAGAAAGAGGAGGAUGCAGCCAUCCCCAUCACAGUCCCCGGCCGCCUGCCAGUCUCCCUGGCAGGUCACCCAGUGGUGGCAGCCCAGGCAGUAGCAGCCCAGGCGGCCGUGGCAGCACAGGCAGCUGCCCUGGAGCAGCUUAGGGAGAAACUGGAGUCUGGGGAGCCUCCCGAGAAGAAGAUGGCCCUGGUGGCAGAGGAACAGCAGCGGCUGAUGCAGCGGGCACUUCAGCAGAACUUCCUGGCCAUGACAGCACAGUUGCCUAUGAGCAUCCGGAUCAACAGCCAAGCCUCCGAGAGCCGCCAGGACUCGGCUGCGAACCUGACCAGCACCAAUGGCAGCAACAGUAUUAGCAUGUCAGUAGAGAUUAAUGGAAUCAUGUACACAGGAGUGCUGUUUGCCCAGCCGCCGGCCCCGACGCCACCCUCCGCUCCCAGCAAAGGUGGAGGCAGCAGCAGCCGGGGAGGAAACAGUGGGACCAACAGCAGCAGCAGCAGCAGUGCAGGCAGCCAGGCAGGGCCGGCAGGGAUGUCUGCACCCCCCACAUCUACCUCAAACAACUCAUUGCCUUAACCGCUACACUCCCCACCCUGGGAACCUGCCAGACUGGGCAGGGGGUCCAGGUGGGCCAAGCAGGGGCUGGGAUGGCGGAAGAUACGGGUGGGGAGGGGAGGUAUCCACAGAGGAGCGACAGCUUAACGCCAAAAAGAAAAGAAAAAUAUAUAUACAUAUAUAUAUAUAUAUAUAAAGAAAAUUUAAUAAAACAGGGGAAAACCAAGGAACACUUGAAUUACUCAGGUUUCGGACAUUCAGAGAUGAAUUGUGAGAAUAUCAAAGGAAAUUAGAAAUGAGAGAGGCAAAUGUCUACUAGGGCUCUCCUGAAGCCCUGGUGGACCCAUGUGGACUGGUGUCUGGUUUCAACAGGCCAAUCCUGUUUACCUCAUACAUCCCUGCACUGUGUUUUUUCAUUUUUAUCUGUUUUUUUCUUUGCUUUUUUUUUUGUCCGUUUGUCACACACUCACCACACCCAGCUCCUUGUGUUGAAUGAAACCCCUGAGCCAAGAUCAGUUGAAUUUUUUUGUUGUUGCUUUUGGGAACUUUGUUGUUGUUUUUUUAAAAGAAAUAGUGAAAUUCAAACUCUAUAGGGUUUUUAAGAGGUUUUAGGGGUUUUGUUUUGUAAAUAUUCUAUUUUAUUCUUGGGGGAGGAAUCAAACCUAGGAAAAGGAUAUAUAUAUAUCUAUAUAUUUGUGUUCAUUCAGGGAAACUGGACUUGAAAAAGAUAAAAAAAAAAGGCAAAAAAACCCAAGUAAUACCCUUUAUUUUUCCCAUGACUGAUUUGGGUUCGGUUGUGCAUUUCCUGUGGUGCAGUGGGCCCAGGACACUGGAUGCCUGGGCUAGAGUCAGCAGAGCCGAUGAACUCAGGUGCUCUGGGCUCGGCUGGGCUGGCUGGGGUGGGGGGUGCAUGGCAGGGUCCUGGGGGAAGAGGGGCAGGGAUGCUGAAUACUAGAUGUCACCGGACUUGUGUUUCAGGCUGGGCUCCUCAGUCAGGAGCCCUGAAGUCUUAACUCAAAAGGAGAAAUUGCUGGGGUGGGGGGUGUUCCCCCGCCAGCCCCAGGCUCCUGUCUCAGGGAUGAACACGGCCUGGGGACUGGCCUUGCCUGAGAGCACUGCUUCUGGGGAUGCCAUGUCUGGGGAUGGGGGUGAGCCGGCCUUAGCUCAGGGUGAGGUUUCUGGGGCCAUGGCACCCUGAACCCUCACCCCACCCCACUCCCGUUCUCAUCUCUUUAACUUUGUCCUUCUGUAUGCUGGGAGCCCUGCAGUGACUCGAGGAACUACAGGCCGAGGGGGCCCUGCACUCCUCCCCCUCCUCAACCCUGUUCCCCGGGUCAGAAGGCAGGCAUUGGUGGCAUGCAGCUGGGGGUCGGGGGCACCUGCACAUCUGUCCUCCUUAAGCCCAGGUGUGCUUUUGGGGGCCCAGUUUCCUUCCGUCCGCGGGACCAGGUAGUGUUGGCUAGGGCUGUGCCUCCCUCACGCAAGGUAGCCUUUUUCACAUCCCUCUGAGGGUGGGGGUGGGCUGGGAAGAACGCAGCUGUUCCCAGGUGAGCCUGGAAACUCUAAUUGGACCCCGGAGCCCAGCCUAACGAGACCUGAGGGGCGGGGCGCCACCAGCAGCCUGCUCUCUCCCAACCCAGGCGUCAUCUUGUUGCCUUGGAGACCUUGGGGGUGGUCCUGAGCCCCCAGUCUCAUCGGGUUUGCCUUCCUGUGGGGUGAGGUGUGUCUCUGGGAGGGAACCCAUUUCUUUGGUGUAUCUCAGGGUUGCUGACGCCCCCCACCCUCCCAGGAGAGGGUGGCACAGGGCUUGGGCCUUUCUUCCUGCUUCUGGAACAGUCUCCCCUCCUGUCGUCUCCCACUGCAGCGGCACAAUCAUUGUGGGAGGGGGAUCCUUUUGUUCCCAGACACAAUCUGCCCCCUCUUGUUUGCCAUCCCCCCUUCUCUGCUCUCCCCUCACCUGACCCCGAGAGUGUGCGGGGCUGCCCUCUGCCCCCUACCCCCUUCCUGCCGGCCUCAUAGAGGGGGGGGUGUCUGCUGCAAGUUUCGGUUUCUACCUCAGGUCUGACUCUUGAUGCCAAAACCCCCGCCCGGGUGCCCACCUCCCUAGCCUCCAGCUCAGGGUCCCACGCAUGUGUGCUGUUGCAUCAACCUGUGUCGCGGGGACCCAGCAUCAGGGGACAGAGCAUCAUGCAGGCAAUGCCCCACCCCACCCCGUGUCUGACUCAGGGUGUGCCUGUGGUGCUGGGCAACGCUGAUGAUUGUAGGGGAGGGGGCAUGGGCCCAGGAUGGGGGACCCACCGGCCAUGGGAAUAGCAGGGGGUCCUGGGGCCAGGAGGGACUUCGUCCUCCAAGGGGCCCUGCCUCUGCCUAGGUCGCUUCAAUCAGCACCCCCACACUCCCAGCCCCACCGCUACCUAUUGGUGUGGGUUUCUGGGGUGCACUUAGCACCCCUUAUGCAAACCCGGGGGGACCGGGGUUGAGUGCUGUUCAUUCCUAAACAGGUGGGGCUUAGCAGCAUGCCUUGGAUGGGGACCCCCAAACUCAGGGUGGAGAGGGGCUCGAGGGGUACCCCUGAUCUGCUGAUGCUUGUGGAUGGGCUGCUUCUAGAACCUUCCUUGUGACCUCCAAACUGGCCGCAGGUCUGUAGCUGUCCAGCUGGGGGGCGGGCGGGGGUGGGGGGCGGGCACGGGGUGGCGGGUUGGUUUGUAAUAGUUGUGUGUUUGUACAGUCACUUUUCUCACUGUUAGCAUUUUUGCCCACCACCAUUUUUUUUCCCUUAAUUUUGCUUCUGCAUUUUUUUCUUGGCAAACACGACUUCAGCCUUUCAUGCCUGACUUGUGAAAUUUCAGUUUCUCUGGGGUUUGUCAGAAGGCGUGGGGAGCACGCCUGAACUCAGGUUAAAGGGAAAAAAAAACUUCCAAUAAAAAGACGUAAAACUACUCUCUACCUCUGGCUGGGCUCAACCUGUUGCACCUUGGCUGUGGCAGGGCAGCCUGUGACGAUUUAUUUCAGUUUUUGCAGGAUAUUCAGGUAUUAAAAGGAAGGGGGAAAAAAGACAAAAAAAAAAAAGUGUGAUUUUGAAAUUUAAACGAACACUGAAAGUUUACAUUUUAUAACAUUAUUAUGCAGAUUGUAUUUAAACUUCAGAAAUAUUUAAGACAAUUGUAACCCUGUAAAGCUGAUGAAAUAUUAAAACAAGACAAAACACUUCUGACUUUUAACAGAAAA